CGCGAAAAACGGAAGAAGAAUUCCAGCGAGAAAUCCGAGCAGACCAGACGAGCUCUCUCAUCCCCCCCUCGGGACUAUCGGAUCUCGCCAAGGAGCGAGUUAUCUUGGCUGGCACUCGUCUUCCUCCUCCUCUCCGCCAUCCCUAGGCACGAUCUACUCCAAGAUAAGAUACAAUCCGAUCGAGACCUCGCCGGAAAUCGCACCACUCGAGGAGGGGCAGCUUCCUCUCGAAGGCACGGGUCAGCAGGUAUAGCCGGGGCCUUCUCUUCUCCCCGUUAAGAUGUUGCGGUGCGCCGUAAAGGGUGGCGUCGGGGUCGUCGGUGCGCGGAGGUCGUCGUCGUCGUCGCCGCCGGGGGCCAGCAGCAGCAGCGUCGUGCGGAUGCCGGACGGUCGCGGUUUUUGCUGCGGCAUGAGGUCGCGGGCGGCGGAUCUCGCCGGCGGCCUCGAGCUGGGCAGGUCCGGCUCCACGGGGCUAUUCCGGAGCCCGCGCUACGGACGAGUGCGCGCCACGGCCGCAGUUGACCCUGAGGAUAUUCCGUCUGACAAGGUUCAAGCUAAAUCUUCUGGAAACGUUCUGCCAUAUGUUGGCGUUGCUUGCUUGGGGGCAAUUUUGUUUGGCUAUCAUCUUGGUGUCGUCAAUGGCUCACUUGAAUAUCUCGCGAAAGAUCUUGGGAUUGCUGAAAAUGCUGUGUUACAAGGAUGGGUGGUUAGCACAACCCUGGCUGGUGCGACAGUAGGUUCUUUUACUGGAGGGGCUUUGGCUGAUAAACUAGGGAGAACACGGACAUUUAUCCUGGAUGCAAUCCCUCUUGCUGUAGGUGCAUUCUUGAGUGCGACAGCUCAAGACAUUCGCACUAUGAUUAUUGGUCGAUUACUUGCUGGGAUUGGUAUUGGGAUUUCUUCUGCGCUUGUGCCCCUUUACAUAUCUGAGAUUUCGCCAACUGAAAUUCGUGGAGCACUUGGUUCGAUUAAUCAGCUUUUUAUCUGUGUUGGUAUUCUCGCAGCUUUGGUAGCUGGCUUGCCGUUGGCAGGAAACCCUGCAUGGUGGAGGACGAUGUUUGGAAUUUCAAUAGUUCCAUCUAUUUUACUGGCUCUAGGAAUGGCUGUUUCACCUGAAAGCCCUCGCUGGCUAUUCCAGCAAGGAAAGCUUUCUCAAGCAGAAUCAGCUAUAAAGAAACUAUAUGGGAAAGAAAAGGUUACUGAAGUUAUGUACGACCUAAAAUCUAGUGGGCAAGGUUCUUCCGAGCCAGAUGCUAGCUGGUUUGAUCUUUUCAGCAAACGCUAUUGGAAAGUUGUGAGUCUGGGAGCGGCACUGUUUUUGUUUCAGCAACUUGCUGGCAUAAAUGCUGUUGUAUAUUACUCUACAUCAGUGUUCCGCAGUGCAGGCAUUGCAUCUGAUGUUGCAGCGAGUGCUCUUGUCGGUGCUGCCAACGUUUUUGGCACGAUGAUUGCAUCUUCACUGAUGGACAAGCAAGGAAGGAAGAGCCUUCUGAUAACAAGUUUUUCUGGAAUGGCUGCAUCAAUGUUACUCUUGUCAUUGUCCUUUACCUGGAAGGCGUUGGCACCUUAUUCUGGCACUCUUGCAGUUGUUGGUACUGUUCUGUAUGUGCUGUCUUUUGCUCUUGGAGCUGGUCCUGUUCCAGCACUGCUCCUUCCUGAGAUAUUUGCCUCAAGAAUUAGGGCCAAGGCUGUUGCAUUGUCCCUGGGCAUGCACUGGGUAUCCAACUUCUUUAUUGGCCUGUACUUCCUGAGUGUUGUCAACAAGUUUGGAAUCAGCACGGUGUACUUGGGGUUUGCGUGUGUGUGUGCCCUCGCGGUUCUUUUCAUAGCUGGAAAUGUGGUCGAGACCAAGGGGCGAUCUCUGGAAGAGAUCGAGCGGGCUCUAAGUUCCCCGAGUAAAGCCGACGCCAGCCGUGCAGGUGCUUUUUUGGUGAGUGAUGAAUGAGCAUGCAGCGCAAACAUCCUUUGGUUCUGGAGAUGUCCUUCCUAACUUUUAUGUAGUUUCUGAAAUAAACGGGCUUCAAGAUCACCUGAUGCCAUGAAAGCCAGUGAGCUCAGCUUUUUUAUUCUACGGAACUUCAGAAUCAAAGAGCAGCAGUGCCUGGAGUUGACAGAUUUAGCUUGUUUUUAGUGUACAGAUGACCCUUUGAUCUGUUGGAAAUAAAAUUCCAAUUUGCCGUUACCA